GGGCGUUUGACAGCUGCCGCCAUAUUUGACGGCGUUUGAUAAGCACUUCAUCGAAAAAGGAAAAGUGUAAACAAACACCUCGUGAAAAUUUCGAUUCUCAUUUGGGCGUGCUGUUUUCCCCGUUUUCUUUCAAUUAAAUCCUUCGCCCAGCGUAGUAUAGUUGUGUGCUUGUGUGUGUGUACCCGUAUCUAUUAGCUGUCCCCUUCGAACGACACCGGUUGUUGGGUGCAAGGGAAAUAUGGAAACUGUCGAAAGUGCACAGCCGCCUGGCAGUGAAGCGGAUGUACAGGAGAACGAAACGGUGGCUACGACCGACGGUGGAGCGGGCAUACCAUCCGGGUGCCCGAUGGCAAAGCGUAGAAAAGUCGAUUCGUCAUCCGGCAGUGGGAAAGGGAGCGAAUCGGAGGAAGACAAUUCGGCGAACGCGACACCGAAAGAGGCCGCUGCGGUGGAUAACCUGCGCGAGUUUGACGUCCUGGAUGAGGUGCAGGGUGAUAACUCAGACGAGGACUCGGAAACGGGUGCCGGUGACAUGGAUGAUGGCAGCUCGGAAGGAUCGGACGUCAACUACGACGAUAUAGAGUCCAUGCUGGAUGAAGGCCUGCCGGAGGAGCUGCGCAACACGAACAAGAAGCAGCCGUACGAAGAGCGCUUCAAGCAGGUGCUCGAGGAGAAGGGUCGCAAUCAUUUCGAGGUGCUGCCGGAAGGAUGGGUCCAGGCCACGCACAUGAGCGGAAUGCCGCUGUAUCUGCACAAAGCGUCCCGCGUUUGUACCGCCUCUAGGCCAUACUUUCUCGGGCCGGGCAGUGUGAGGAAACAUGAAAUACCGCUCAGCGCCAUCCCUUGUCUCAACUAUCGCAAAGCGCUCGAGAAGGAGGAUGAGCUGAAGAAGGAACUGGCGGCCGCUACCGCUGCCCAGGCAGCCGCCGCUGCAAACGGUGCCGAAAACGGCGACGCGAGCAACGAGGCUGCCAGCGAAGGACAGGAAGGAGGAGUCACCAAAGAAGCGGCCGAACCGGUCCCGGAGCGUCAGCUACACAACGCACAGCUGAGUAAAAUGAUUGCCAGCGCUACGACCACUGCCGAGGCACAGGCCAACGCCAAGCUGCUGCCGCUGAAGGUGAGCGCCAAGAUCGAAACGGUCACCGAGAACCUGAAGGCCCAAUCGCUCACCUCGGAUGCGGUGGUGGAGUACUGCAAGAAGCUGUUCCGCUUCAAAACGAUACGCGUGCUGCGCUUCAAAUCGUGGGCAGCACGUCGCAAGUUCACCAAGCACCGGAAGCACAUAAAGAACUUGCAGCGCCCGACGCUGCCGGACGGUACGAAGCUGAUCACCUUCCCGAUGCUGAACAUCGAGGACGAACAGGGCAAUCCGCACGCCCGGCCGAAGAAGGAGUGGAUCAUGAACCCGAACGGCAAGAGCUACGUUUGCAUUCUGCACGAGUACGUGCAGCACGCCCUGCGCAAGCAGCCAACGUACGAGUUCAAGGAGCUGGAGAACGCAGCGACCCCCUACUCGGCGACGGUUACGAUAAACGAGCUAAAGUACGGCACUGGCUACGGUACCAGCAAAAAGCAGGCGAAAAGUGAAGCCGCCCGUGAAACGCUCGAAAUCCUCAUCCCCGACAUGAAGGACAAAAUUACGGGCAAGGAUGCGAAGGGUGCCUCGAACGGUGGUGGCGCCGGUGCUGGCGGCAGUGGCAGCGGUGGCUCCCAGCAGCAAUCGUCCGAUCUGCGCGAGCUGUCCGUGUUCGAUGAGAUCAAAAUCGAGGACCCGAGGGUGGCCGAGUUUUGUGCGAAAACGACGGAACCAUCGCCCCAUGCCAUCCUGCUUACCUGCCUGCAGCGCAACUUUGGGCUCGGCGAGGUGCACAUCAACUACGAGGUGAACACGAUGAAGCACCGGAAGAACGAGUUCACCAUGACGGUGGGCAAGCACGUGGCCACGGUCGUGUGCAAGAACAAGCGGGACGGCAAGCAGCGCGCCUCGCAAGCCAUCCUGCAGAUACUGCACCCGCACAUCAAGACCUGGGGCUCGCUGUUGCGACUGUACGGCAACCGGUCGGUGAAGUCGUACAAGGAGAAAAAGCAGGAGGAGCAGGAAAUUACCGUGCUGCAGAGCAAGGCCGCCAUCAACCAGCCGAACUACGCGAUCCUGGAGAAGCUGAAGCAGGAAAUGUCCAAGCUAGAGGAGCGGCAGCGCAAUGUGCGCGUGAUCGGUAAGUUUGUGCCACCGUCGGAUGUGGAUCUACCGACCGGGGCGGGGGCAAACUUAAAGAACGUGGAUCUAUAGGUGGGUUUGUGUUCGGCGCGAGACCCAUCGGUGCGAGACUGAGCAGAAACUGUGCAGCACUCUGUAGCAGGGCAGCAAGCAGCAAAAAUCCAGUGAUUCAGCUAAGAUUAGCAGCGACAACCGGCUGGCAACCGAGUGCCGCAGCUUACCUAUUUGCAGAGCAGGCAAUAACCAUCACAAUUCCUACAAUCUUCAUCAUUUCCCGUGCUUUCUCAGCCCAAGCAGGAGGGGGGAAAGUCCUUUAAAUAGAUUUAUUCUUAAUUUUAUCUACUACAUCCAUAGAAAAAGUCAGAAAUCGUUGUAUAUAUAACGAACGCUGUAAAAGUGAGGAGCGUAGCAAGUGCACACAACACUAAACGAGAAUUGAUUCGCCAAGAAAACGGUAAAGCCAUACAUUAAAGCAA